UGUUAACAAACGAAAGAGAGGGAGUUCCAUGGAAAGCGAGCAAGCUGCGCCCGGUCUCCUCGCAUAGGCUUAUCGCUUGUGUCUGUCGUCUCGGUAACCGGAGAUCCGACCCUGACUGACAACUUAUCCGUGCGUAGGCAAAUGGCGAUGCAGGUUGGAUUCAACUCACAAAAGGGGUGUAUGUGGGAGUAAUGUUACAAUGUGUGCGGUGUGCAGAAGAGAAAAGAGUGCACCAAUCUGUGAAUAACGGGUUGUGGAAACAGAUCUACUAUCACUUCCCCUGAACAUUUUUUUAAACUCACCUCAUUCUAUCGUAAUUGUAAGGUUCAAAACCCUGGUUGACUUUUAAAAAAACGUUUUUUUAGCCUACUGCACAACAAACAGUUGUCUGUGUGUGUGCAUUCAUUGAGCGUAGAUGGGUCGCAGCACUUCAGAGCUAAAGGGAUAUAAUAUUGUAACAUGUCUGCUUCGCGCAUAGGACAAAUGUUACCAUCCAGAAGCGUGCGCGUUUUGAACGGUGGAAAUGUAUGGUUUUUCGGCGGUGGGGCGCAAUACCCCGCGGGGUACCUCGUCUCUGGGGUCCGCUCAAUGCUGAUUCCCUCUCAGCUGUCACCCUUUCCCCCCCAGAGUAUAGCACUUUCAGGAGUCAGUGAACGGCGGCGUGGACUUGCCCAAGAGAAAAUGACCGAGAAUCGAGUGUUCUCCCGGGACAAGGUGUUGACCAUCGACACCAUGAACCCCACGGUGAAGAACGUCGAGUAUGCGGUGCGCGGACCCAUUGUACAGCGCGCCAUGCAGAUUGAGAAAGAGCUGAGAGAGGGAGUGAAGAAGCCUUUCACUGAGGUCAUCAAGGCCAACAUUGGUGACGCCCAUGCCAUGGGCCAGCAGCCAAUCACCUUCUUCAGACAGGUCUUGGCACUCUGCUCCUACCCGGAACUAUUGAAUGAAAACAUGUUUCCAGAGGAUGCCAAAAACAGAGCACGACGCAUUCUGCAGGCUUGUGGAGGCGGUAGUGUGGGUGCAUACAGUGCCAGCCAGGGAAUAGACUGCGUGCGGCAGGACGUGGCUCGCUACAUCGAGCGUCGGGACGGGGGUGUACCCUGUGACCCAGACAACGUCUACCUCACCACCGGCGCCAGCGAUGGCAUCGUAACCAUGCUGAAACUAUUGGUGUGUGGUGAGGGUGCAUCGAGGACAGGGGUGAUGAUCUCCAUCCCUCAGUACCCUCUGUACUCGGCUGCCCUGGCUGAGCUGGGCGCUGUGCAGGUCAACUACUACCUGAAUGAGGAGAAGUGCUGGAGCAUGGACCUUAGUGAGCUAGAGCGCUCCCUAGCGGAGGCCAGGAAGCACUGCAACCCCAAAGCCCUCUGCAUCAUCAACCCUGGUAACCCCACUGGUCAGGUCCAGAGCAGACAGUGUAUUGAGGACGUGAUCCAAUUCGCUGCUAAAGAGCGACUCUUCCCGAUGGCUGAUGAGGUGUACCAGGAUAAUGUGUAUGCGGAGGGUUGCCAGUUCCAUUCCUUUAAGAAGGUGCUUUUUGAGUUGGGACCAGAGUACUCUGACAAUGUAGAACUGGCGUCCUUCCACUCCACCUCUAAGUGCUACAUGGGAGAGUGUGGUUUCCGUGGGGGUUACAUGGAGGUGAUUAAUAUGGACCCGGAGGUGCAGGCCCAGCUCUCUAAGCUGGUGUCGGUCAGACUGUGUCCCCCCGUCCCUGGUCAGGCUCUGAUGGACCUGGUGGUCAACUCUCCCCAGCCUGGAGAACCUUCCCACACCACCUUCAUGAAGGAGCGCACAGCCACCCUCAGUCUCCUGGCAGAGAAGGCUAAACUGACAGAGCAGAUUCUGAACACAGUACCUGGGAUCACCUGUAACCCUGUUCAGGGAGCCAUGUACUCAUUCCCUAACAUCAGCCUGCCAGAGAAAUCCAUCAACGAAGCUAAGGCGCUUGGCCAGGCUCCAGACAUGUUCUACUGUAUGAAGCUGUUGGAGGAGACUGGCAUCUGUCUGGUCCCAGGAAGUGGCUUCGGACAGAAGGACGGCACCUACCACUUCAGGAUGACCAUUCUGCCCCCCACAGACAAGCUGAAGAUCUUACUGGCUAAAGUAAAGGAGUUCCACCAGAAAUUCACUCAGCAGUACUCUUAACUAUCCUCCUUAACUUCCUAACUUUCACCCAAUCAGAAGAGAAUAGCACACUGAACACUAUGCGCACAGUCUACCAGCCAAACUACCAGAAUGUAUCUGUCACUAAGUGCCUACUGUGUUAGUGGCUCUGUCGCCAGUCGCCUUGAUCAUGCACUUUAGCCCCUUAGCCUACAAGAUUCCAAAAAAUGGUGGACUCCGACUGUACAUGUAAAACUGUAGUGAUUAUGAACACCCGGGAUAUUGGGAGAUGUAGUUUUUAGAAAUCAGGAUAAGAGCUGUAGUUUUUUAUGUUGGGACAUAUCAAAUUCAGUUCAAUCUGGCAUACUUGAUAGAAUUUAUAUUAAUUGUCAUCUCAGUUGUGUUUGUGUGUGUGCGUGUGUGUGGGAAAGAGGGUAUGUGUCCUUGUGUGUGUGUCAUGAUCACAAGUCAAGGCCAGAAUGAUGGUACAGUAAUGUAGUGCUGUAUGAAAUGAAGAAUCUGAAAGCACUAGUACAUUAUUUCCAAACUCUGUAGAAAUGAUUUUGUCAGUAUUAUAGACAAAGGCACAGGGAAGUUUUGUAUAUUAGAGAAACUUUCACAAUGAUUUUAAAUUGAAAGAUGAUUUUAUUGUAUUGAAAAUCUCCAUCAUAUAGUCUUUUAUAUUCAUAGUUUCAGUUUGGUCCUUUUUUGUGUGUACAUUUUCACCAUCGUACAUUCUAUAUAGCAAACUAAUGGAAAAAACUGGACAAAGAAAAGACAGCAGGGAGAAGAAUUUUCAAUAGCAGGAAAAUUAAAUUCAAGGUUAUUAAAGUUGUGUUAAUGUUUUUUAAACGCUGUCAGGGAUUUUCUGAAUUAUGAAGACAACAGCCGUGCAUGACAAUUAUCAUGGGAGUGAGUGAGGAGGUUACUGAACAAACACACACACACACACUCCCCUGGGAGAGGAUGUCUGUCCCCUGCAGAGUCUGUCAGAUCUAGAAGAUAAAAGCACAUCAUGUUCCACCACUACCUACAUUACACAACAACCACCGUACAAUACACCAGCCAGCACCACCUUACAACCAUACAUCCAACCUCUCCUCUCCAGCCGUACAGACAGCCCUCCUGAGCCCCCAUACCUACAGAGUGGGAAAGGGAGUUGGGGUGAGUCCAUUAAAACUCAAGCUUUUAGUCUGUAAAGAUUUUUCUCCCUCCUUCUCUCCACAGCAGCUGCCAGCCUUCAUUAUCCAUGACAAAACAGAGCCCCUUUCUUAAUUAACUACCUUUUAGUCUUUCUCUAACCCUUACAAUCCCCCCUCACAGCCCUUACAAUCCCCCCUCACAGCCCUUACAAUCUCCCCUCACAGCCCUUACAAUCUCCUCUCACAGCCCUUACAAUCUCCCCUCACAGCCCUUACAUCUCCCCUCACAGCCUUUACAAUCUCCCCUCACAGCCCUUACAUCUGCCCUUACAAUCUCCCCGCAUAGCCCUUACAAUUUCACCUCACAGCCCUUACAAUCUCCCCUCACAGCCCUUACAACCUCCCCUCACAGCCCUUACAAUCUCCCCUCACAGCCCUUACAAUCCCCCCUCACAGGCCUUACAAUCCCCCCUCACAGCCCUUACAAUCUCCCCUCACAGCCCUUACAACCUCCCCUCACAGCCCUUACAAUCUCCCCUCACAGCCCUUACAUCUCCUCUCACAGCCCUUACAAUCUCCCCUCACAGCCCUUACAAUCCCCCCUCACAGCCCUUACAAUCCCCCCUCACAGCCCUUACAAUCUCCCCUCACAGGCCUUACAACCUCCCCUCACAACCCUUACAUCUCCUCUCACAGCCCUUACAAUCUUCCCUCACAGCCCUUACCAUCCCCCCUCACAGGCCUUACAAUCCCCCCUCACAGCCCGUACAAUCUCCCCUCACAGCCCUUACAAUCUCCCAUUAUAAUCUCCCCUCACAGCCAUUACAACCUCCCCUCACAGCCCUUACAUCUCCACUCACAGCCCUUACAAUCUCCCCUUACAGCCCUUACAUCUCCUCUCACAGCCCUUACAAUCUCCCCUCACAGCCCUUACUACUCCCCUCACAGCCCCUCACAGUUCUCACUAAUUUAAUUGUGUGCGCUUGUUUUACACAGUCACCGUUCUACAUCUUCGUUCCCUGAGAGACAGCAAAAAUGUUAUCUCUUUGUCAUUAUAGUGGUAACUCCUCUUUCGGAUAAUAAUUCAGAUAUGCAUGAUAUUCAAGUGGGUGAAUAAGUGAUUGAAACAAUCAAGCCAACAAGUUUGAAACAAAUCAUUUGAGAGAUAGACUGAGGGGGACCAUCUGUCCAGAAAGCCUUUUCUCCGUGUCCAGCAGAUGUCCUGAUAUUGGAUGGCAUUUAGCUGCAUGGUAUUAACUCACAAGUGGAGAAAUGGGGUGUCAACAACUUACUAGUACUAUUGUUCAAAUAUGCCAAAUUCAGAUAAGGCUUGAUUCCCAGUGGAUUAUCUGAUCCUUAUAUCUGACCAUAACCUACUUUGCCAUACUAUCUACAUGUAUACUUUGGAAUAUUAACAUGUAAUAACCAUGUAAUAAUGUUAACUUACAGUUGAACUUCAAAACAUUUUCACAACCACUACCAAACUAUUUUAUAUAGCAAUACAAAAUGACAGAAAUCUCUAUAUUGCAGGCUCUUGGACACAAGAAAACACAAGCUUAACUAGCAAUUGUCUCAUGAUGACACUGUGUUGGUUUCUCUGCCUCUAGUACUACAGACCUGGCCCAAUCUAUGAUUUCCUCUCCUUUCACUACACAUUGUCAUUUUAGUGCAAUUAAAGCGCCGCUAAGAUAUGUGCUGCCUGUUGCAUUGUGAGAACUCAGAUCAACUGUUGUACCGAACACUCUCAUCUUCAAUCAGGGACUCCAUUGUUCUCGUACAUGCUUAUUCAAGGUCAUGUGCGACGGAUGAUAGUGUAGUUUGCUAAGCGUGACUACUGUCAGAGCUGGGACCAAACCCAAAUGCAGACACCACUCAUGUUGCAAUCAGAGAGGGUGUGGUGGAGCGAUUACUGAACUGAACUGAAGUGUAAUGACUUGAAGAGUGAAUGAGAGGGGAAAGCAAUUAACUUCUGAUUGUGAUUUGUGUUUUUCCUGCAAUUGUUGUGUACUGUAUGUAUUAUUUGCCUCUCUCUCUCUCUCUCUCUCCCUCUCUCUCUCUCUCUCUCUCUCUCUCUCUCUCUCUCUCGCUCUCUCUCUCUCUCAUGUGGACGUCCAUGAUGUUAAAAAAUUACAAUUUGAAUAUGUUACGAAUUGCAAUUUUACGUUAUGUUACAAAUUUGCUAUAUGAAUGAUUAGAUAAGAAUUCCAAUUUGUUGUGGCUAACGUUAGCUAGGUGGCUAAUGCUAACGUUAGCUAGGUGGCUAAUGUUAGGGUUAAGGUUAGGAGUUAACGGACGGGUUAGCUAACAUGCUAAGUUGCAAAGUAGCUAAAAAGUAGUUGGAAAGUUACUAAUUAGCUAAAAUGCUAAAGUUGUCCAUGAUGUCGUUUGCGUUAUACCUCUACACAUCCACCACGACCAACCACGUUUUUUGUUCUUUAGUAACCUUAUUGUCUUAUGUAACCACUUGCUGUUUUCCACCUUCCUUUCACACUCAUUCAUAAACCUCUGCCAUCACACGUUAA